AUGCGGUCUUCUUACACUCUCUUUGGCAAUCUGAUAGCCGGCCGAUGCUCUAACACUGCAGAGGUCUGUCUGCUUAGGUUAUGGGAAGCCAGAAAGAUCAACAAAGGCGGGGAAACGAUCAGUAUUGACAUGUUGGUCAUCGAUGAGAAUAAAGCUUCAGAGCUGAUUCUCAUACUUACAUGUUCAGCCUGCUAUAAUGACGACGCGCUGUUGGUGUUCUCAGGUUUCUCUGUGUCAGAUGGAGAAUCUGCUGGGUUCGUAGCAUUUGAUGGUGAGAUUACCACGCUCAAAAAUGCGGAGCUUCAGAGGUUUCCUAAAUUAUGUAAUGUUACCAACGUUGUCCUUGAAAACCACACUGGUAUGUUUGCUUGUAGCGUUACAGAGGAAGCUACAUGGGCGAGUAGUUGCAGCGUUGUAGAACCUGUAUCGAGUGGAGUCACAGCUGUCGGUGCACGAAAAUUCCGGAGGAUGUUGACGUUGUAA